AUGAGCGGUGGGACACCUGAGGGGCCGAGCGCCAAUGCAGGAGACCCCCACUCUGGCCCUCUGGGUCUCCGGCCUACCCCCGCGGAGCCGUGGACCGCCGAGCUUGGCGCCUCCGCUUCCCAGGUACUCGUCGGCCACCAGGUUCCAGGUUCCACCAACCAGUCCAGAAACGCGCCUGCCGCCCCCCACCUUGACCUUUGCGUGUCGGCCAUUGACCCGACUGUUGGCGUUCACUUUACAGCGGCAAGGCGGUCGACUCGGCUAGGCUGUGACGGCAAUGUGGAUGGGAAUGGCGGGCCUCGAGCCGCGUUGGCCUGCUUCCGACCUGUUAGUUCCCUCUAG